AUGGGCCACCUGGAGGUGCUGCUCGUGGAGAACUUCAAGUCGUGGCGGGGCCGCCAGGUCAUCGGCCCCUUCAGGAAGUUCACCUGUAUUAUCGGCCCCAACGGCUCUGGAAAAUCUAAUGUAAUGGAUGCACUGAGUUUUGUAAUGGGAGAAAAAACAGCUAAUUUAAGAGUGAAAAAUAUUCAAGAACUUAUCCAUGGAGCACAUAUUGGAAAACCUGUUUCUUCUUCUGCAAGUGUAACAAUUGAGUACAUGGAAGAGAGUGGAGAAAAGAAAAUAUUCACAAGAAUUAUUCGAGGGGGAGGCUCAGAAUUUCACUUUGAUAACAAUCCUGUGAGUCGUGCCUUUUACUUGGCAGAGUUGGAGAAGAUAGGCAUAAUAGUCAAGGCAAGAAACUGCCUAGUCUUUCAGGGAACCGUAGAGUCGAUUUCACUGAAAAAACCCAAAGAGAGAACCCAGUUUUUUGAAGAAAUCAGCACUUCAGGAGAGCUAUUGGGAGAAUACGAGGAAAAGAAAAAAAAACUACAGAAAGCUGAAGAGGAUGCACAGUUUAAUUUUAAUAAGAAAAAAAAUAUAGCUGCUGAGCGCAAACAUGCAAAAUUAGAGAAAGAAGAGGCGGAACGUUACCAGAAUCUCCUUGAAGAACUGAAAAUAAACAAGAUACAGCUGAAGCUUUUCCAGCUCUAUCAUAAUGAGAAAAGCAUUCAUGCUCUGAACAUUGAGCUAGAGCAUGCAAGUAGGGAGUUGGAUGCCACAAAAGAAUCUCUCUCACAUCAGGAAGGCAUAGUUAAAGCCAAGAAGAAGGAACAUGGAGUGUUAACUAGACAAGUACAACAAACAGAGAAAGAAUUAAAAGCUCUUGAAGCACUUUUAAAUCAGAAGAGGCCUCAGUACAUUAAAGCAAAAGAAAAUACUUCUCACCACCUCAAGAAGUUGGACAAGGCUAAGAAGUCAAUAAAGGACCAUGAGAAGCAGUGUUCCAAGCAGGAAGAUGACAUAAAAGCCCUGGAAACAGAGCUGGCAGACUUAGAUGGUUCAUGGAAACGUUUUGAAAAGCAGGUUGAGGAAGAAAUCUUACACAAAGGGAGAGAUAUUGAACUGGAAGCAAGUCAGCUGGAUCGCUAUAAGGAACUAAAGGAAAGCGUUAGAAAGAAUGUGGCCAUAAUGACCCAACAGCUGGAAAAACUGCAGUGGGAACAGAGGGCCGAUGAAGAACGACUGGCGUUUGAAAAGAGGAGGCAUACAGAAAUUCAGGGGAAUAUAAACCAAAUAAAAGAACAAAUAGAGGAUCAUAAAAAAAGAAUGGAGAAGCUGGAGGAGUAUACAAAGACAUGCCUUGAUUGCUUAAAGGAGAAAAACCAGCAAGAGGAGACCCUGGAGAAUGAAAUCGGAAAAGCAAAAUCAAGAAUGUCUGAAGUCAAUGAAGAAUUGAAUCUUAUUAAAAGUGAAUUGCAGAAUGCUGGGAUUGAUAACCAUGAGGGAAAACGCCAGCAAAAGAGAGCAGAGGUUCUGGAACACCUCAGAAGACUGUACCCGGAGUCUGUGUUUGGGAGACUGCUGGACCUGUGCCAUCCUAUUCAUAAGAAAUACCAGCUGGCUGUUACUAAGCUCUUUGGCCGGUACAUGGUUGCCAUCGUUGUAGCCUCAGAAAAGGUGGCCAGAGAUUGCAUUCGAUUUCUGAAAGAGCAAAGAUCUGAACCUGAGACAUUCCUCGCUCUUGAUUACCUUGAUAUCAAGCCCAUCAAUGAACGACUAAGAGAGAUUAAAGGCUGUAAAAUGGUGAUGGAUGUUAUAAAGACCCAGCUCCCUCAGCUGAAGAAAGUGAUUCAGUUUGUGUGUGGCAACGGCCUCGUCUGUGAAACAGUGGAAGAGGCCCGGCACAUCGCAUUCGGGGGACCUGAGAGACGAAAAACAGUAUCUUUGGAUGGAACAUUAUUUUUAAAAUCUGGAGUGAUCUCUGGAGGAUCAAGUGACUUAAAAUACAAGGCUCGAUGCUGGGAUGAAAAAGAGUUAAAGAACUUGAGAGACAAAAGGACCCAGCUGAUCCAAGAACUGAAGGAUUUAAUGAAGACAAUUCGCAAGGAGGCCGAUUUGAAGCAAAUACAGACUCUAAUACAAGGAACUCACACUCGACUCAAAUAUUCUCAAAGUGAAAUCGAUGUGAUUAAAAAGAAACACCUUGCUGCAUUUCACAAGGAAAACUCUCAGCUACAGAGUGAACUGCUAAAUAUUGAGUCUCAAUGUACUAUGCUGAGCGGAGGAAUCAAAGAACGACAACAAAGAGUUGAAGAACUCCAAGAAAAAAUCGAUAAGGUAGAGGAUGAGAUUUUCCAGCAGUUCUGCAGAGAAAUUGGUGUGGAAAAUAUCCGCGAAUUUGAGAACAAACAUGUGAAACAGCAGCAGGAGAUUGAUCAAAAAAGACUAGAAUUUGAAAAACAGAAAACUCGGCUAAACAUUCAACUCGAAUAUAGUCGGAAUCAGCUGAUGAAGAAGCAGAGUAAGAUUGCUGUGUUAGAAGAAACGGUGCAGAAAGGUGGAGACGACAUCGACUCACUGAAGAAGAUUGAAGACGACUGCCUGCAGGUCGUGAAUGAUCUCAUGGAGCAGCGACAGCAGCUCCUAGAGAAAUCUGUCCGUCAGAACGCUAGUACUGAGAAAGGCCAGGCCCAGGCUGAAGAGGAGCGGAAGAAGUUUCUGGCUAUUGACAGGGACGUGGGAAAGCUACAAAAAGAAGUGGUGAAGGUUCAGACUUCGCUGGAACAGAAGCGCCUGGAGAAGCACAACAUGCUGCUGGACUGCAAAGUCCAAGACAUCGAAAUUGUUCUUCUCGUGGGGUCCCUGGAUGACAUCAUCGAGGUGGAGCUGGGAGGGGAACCAAGCAGCACCCAGGCAACAACUGACAUAUAUGACAGGGAGGAAGCCCUGGAAGUGGACUACAGCUCUCUGCCGGGGAGCCUAAAGACUCUACGGUCGGAUAAGGACGUCGAGGCCCAGCGCACACUAAUGCUGCAGCAGAUUGCUUCCCAGGAAGAUGUUCUCCUGAAGACGACGGCCCCCAACCUCAGAGCCCUGGAGAACUUAGAAAGCAUCCGAGACAAGUUCCAGGAGUCCUCAGACGCUUUUGAGGCUAGCAGAAAGGAAGCCAGAAUGUGCAGGCAAGAGUUUGAACAGGUGAAGAAGAGGAGAUACGAUCUUUUCAACCAGUGUUUUGAGCACGUGUCUAUUUCAAUUGAUCAAAUCUACAAGAAGCUCUGCAGAAACAACAGCGCCCAAGCAUUUCUCAGCCCAGAGAACCCUGAAGAGCCUUACUUGGAGGGAAUUGGCUACAACUGUGUGGCCCCAGGCAAGCGGUUCAUGCCGAUGGACAACCUGUCGGGGGGAGAAAAGUGUGUGGCGGCGCUGGCCCUGCUGUUCGCUGUGCACAGCUUCCGGCCAGCUCCAUUCUUUGUGUUAGAUGAGGUGGACGCAGCCCUGGACAACACGAACAUUAGCAAAGUGUCCAACUACAUCAAAGAACAGACCCAGGAGCAGUUUCAAAUGAUCAUCAUCUCCCUGAAGGAGGAGUUCUACUCCAAAGCCGAUGCCCUGAUUGGCAUCUACCCAGAACAUGAGGACUGCAUGUUCAGCCGGGUCCUGACCCUCGACCUCUCUCAGUACCCAGACACUGAGGGCCAUGAGAGCAGCAGGAGGCACCGAGAGUCCCAUCAGGAGCAUGUGCCCUCUUGAGCCACUGUGCCACAGGACAGUCCUCGGGUGGCCAGGCUGACGUUCUAACGGCUCUGCAGCACCAGGAAUCAACCCUUCAUUCCACCCAGCAGCAGGCUCACUUGGAAAGGCACCAUUACCCUCUCUCCUGGAGUGAGCUUCGCUGAGAGUUCACUUGGGAUGAGUUUAAGAAGUUAGCAGUUUUGUACCACAGCUGAACGUUUAAAUUCAUAAGAUUUUCAACUGCCCUGUCUUCACUUGGGUUGUGCCAACUCUGGUGCCUUUAAAUAAUCUGUAAGAGAAAGUCUUUUGUUUUUACAUGGCAGGGCAGUAAGUUAAGUUUUAUAGGAAAUUCUUUCAGAGGAACUGUUUAUCAAUAUUGAAAAUAUCAAUUAAAAAAUUUACUAUU